GCGACUCCAGCGGAUGAGAGAGGAGGAGGAACAGAGAUGGAAAGUUGAACUGGAGCGUUUGCGCCUGGAGGAGGAGAAGAGGCAGGAGGAGGAGUCCAAGAGAUUACAGGAGAUGGAUGAGAGUGAGAGGAUUGAGUACCUCCGCAGGAAGGAGCAGGAGGAGGAGGAAAGGAGGAAUAAAGAGGAGGAGCGCAAAAGGAGAGAAGAGGAGGCCGCUUUGUGGGCUGCAGAGGAGUCCAGGCUGCAGGCGGAGCUACUCACCAGGCAAAUGGCGCUUUUGCAGCAGCAGUUGGCCUUUAAAAGGGGUCUACUGUUGGAGGCUGGGGGUUUGGAAAAAACUCAGGGUAUCUCCAGACCGUGGAUAUACUCUUAUUUCACUUUGUUACAGCUACUGGGUCUAAAUCCCACUAAAGCAGAGACCACAACCCCUGACCUUUAACCUCCAUUUGUGACCAUGAUGGACAACUGGGAAAAUAAUUUUUGUUUGAUGAAAUGGGUCAUUUCUUUUUGAAGUGAUUUUCAGUGAUGGGAGACUAAUGGGAUGGAAAAAUAUCUUCUCCAUGUGUCAAAUAUAUAUAGGCUACUACCUACUUUUUUAAAAUUUCUUUUGUUUCUAUAAAAGACAGUACAAAAGUUUUAAACCAUGUUCCUUUUGUAUUAUUUUCUGUAGAUUUACAGAACAUAAUUAUUUCUGUAGAUUUACAGAAAAUAAUACAGUUUAUAUGAAUCUCUUCAAAUUCCUCUCUGAGUCAGUGAGAAAGGAAAUACAGAAAGUAGCCCUUUGGAUUAGCCAUUGUAACUAGGCAGGCUAACUGCAUAGGGUCUGGGACAACUUAAUUGCAUAGACAGCUGACCAUUUGGUCAAGCCGAGGGAGGGAAAAACCCCUCCAAGGAGUUAACCCUGGAUCUAAAGAGCUGGUUAUGACUUUAGGCUGGAUGGCAGAACUCCCGUCAUCUCCUGUGAUGAGACAAGAGUGAGACCAGCAAAGAUAUUGAACUUCCCCCUCAAGACAUCCUUUAAUGGUUCAAAAAUAGCUCCAAGAUGAAAGUUGUAGUGAUGUCCAAGAUGUUACCUGGCAGUCACCUGGACAUCCUCUCUUGGUGUUCUAGCAACAUCAAUGAAUAAAAGCUUAAACAAAUGUGUUGAUUUGUUUUGAGUGUAAUAGGAUUUUGAAUAUAUCAUGUGACAACUUUGCCAACUUAUGCUCAACUUCUAGCAGGGGAACACAAAUGACCAGCACAGUAAGGCACAAUCAAGAUGUAGCUGAUUUUCACAUAGUCAUUUGUCAUUUGGGACCAAUCAAUUGCAAUUGCAUAAUGGAAAAGAAUCUAAACAUUCAAGUGUCUAAAACUUGUGCACAGUACUGUAGCAGUGUGUGCUAAG